CUUGCGCCCUGAGAGGGCGCAUUGCGACACUUGUUUGACGAAGUCAGUUUCCAAACAUCAACUGCGCCAAGACGACACACCAGAUCAUAUGCUUAUCAGCGGUGCAUGAAACAUGCUACCCACACUCGCAACUCUAAGCCAGGCGUUCGCCGGCUGCUCGCCGUUACCACAGCGCCUUCCGGACAACAAACCCACCAGCGCGUCGAAAUGGACGGCCCGGCAUGAGCUCUAUCCUGCUUGGAGUGCUACUGAGGAUGCGAAGAAUCAGGCACUAAAGCUCGCCGAUGCUGCUACAGCCGAGUUUGAAAAGGCGAGCCACAAGGCCCAGGAUAAAGCUGGUCACAUCGAGUUGUACUCGCCUAAGUACUACGCAGCAUGUACCUUUGGAGGCAUCAUGGCCUGCGGCCUAACUCACACCGCCGUGACGCCUCUCGACCUGGUCAAAUGCCGUCGGCAAGUGAAUUCGAAGAUGUACAAAGGCAACUUCGAAGCCUGGGGCAAGAUCGCGCGCGCCGAAGGUUUCCGUGGCAUCAUGACGGGCUGGGGUCCGACGUUCUGGGGCUACUCCGUCCAGGGUGGUUUGAAGUACGGCGGGUACGAGUUCUUCAAGAAGUUUUAUGGAGAUCUGGCGGGUGAGGAGAAUGCGCAGAAGUACAAGACUUUCAUCUAUCUGGCGGGAUCUGCGUCGGCUGAGCUCAUUGCGGAUAUUGGACUGUGUCCGUUUGAAGCUGUCAAGGUUCGAAUGCAGACUACCAUUCCUCCAUUCGCUACGGGGACGUUAAAUGGUAUCUCUACUGUCACUGCUAACGAAGGCUUUGGUGGCUUGUACAAGGGACUCUACCCGCUUUGGGGCCGGCAGAUUCCGUACACGAUGAUGAAGUUCGCAUCGUUUGAGACUAUUGUAGAGGCCAUCUACAACUACCUCCCGGGCUCGAAGAGCGACUACGGUAAAGGUGCGCAGACCGCUGUGUCAUUCACUGGAGGUUACGCGGCUGGUAUUCUAUGCGCAAUCGUCAGUCACCCGGCUGAUGUGAUGGUUUCGAAACUCAAUGCUACCCGCAAGCCUGGUGAGAGCUUUGGAGGUGCUACAGGACGCAUCUACAAGGACAUUGGCUUCGGUGGACUCUGGAACGGAUUGCCAGUUCGAAUUGUGAUGAUCGGUACAUUGACUGGUCUGCAAUGGAUGAUCUACGAUUACUUCAAGAUCUUUAUGGGUCUACCAACGACUGGUGGUGCGCCGCCUGAGGAGAAGGUUAAGCAAUGAACCUCGAGGUCGUGUUAACAGUUUCUUUCUUUUUUGUAGAGCAUACAGUACCCCAAGCCACAUCUCAACUCAGAAAAUAUUCUGUCCAGGUGAAGCUCUCGAUGAUAAUUAAGUGAUGCACAUAUGGAGAUCAUGUAUUCAGACCUUUUGACUGC